AUGUCUGGUGUGGGAGGCCAGGUGGUGGGCGCCUGGGAAGAGGCCACCCAGGCGACCCCACGCCUCUGCCACAUGUGCUUUUUGCAGUCUGAGACACGAAAUGUCCUGCCGGAUCCCCUGCCAGAUCCCCUGCGAGAUGCCUCACCAGAUCCCACACCGAAUCCCCCGCCGUCUCCCCCACAUUUUAUCCCAAAUUUCAACCCUCUCUACUUGGUUGCCCUCAUCCCGGCCCUGCUCAUGUUCCCGGUGCUGAUCUGGUGCAUCUGGCGGCUGUGCUGCAAGAAGACCGUCAAGGAGCCACCACCAGUGCAGAAACCAGAAAAGGAGCCAGAAGAGAAGACAUGCUGUGUACGGAAAUGUCCCACAAUGAUUGUACCUUGUGGGUGCCAAACAGGCGAGAUAAGUCGGAUGGAGGGCAAACUGGAUACCUUGUGUAACUUUGUUCAGAGCUGCAACCAGGUGCCAUUGAUGUGGUGUCAGCCCAGGGACAAGGGGAGGUACAUCAACUUCACCCUAGUGAAGCCGCCUUGCGGGCAGUUAUCCUGUGGCCCGAAGAUCUGCCUUGCACCCAGCCAGGAGUGCUUCCCCAACAGCUGCUGUUCACGGUGCCAACACCCUCAACCCAUCUGCUCCCGGCCUCCCUCCAGGAUGCUGCCGCUGAUCCCUCCCCCUGCCCGCACCCUCUAUGGAGCCACUUUGUCAAUCUCACCCCAGUAG